AUGGCAUCAUAUUUUGAUGAACAUAAUUGUGAACCAUUAGAAAAUGGUGAACAACCAAAUCAUUUAUUAGAUUUAGCUCGUUUAUUAUUAGAUAGUGGAAUUGGUGCCGAAUUUGAACUUGAAUUUGAACGUAUAUUUGGUCAUGUUGAUGGUCGAAAACAACCACCAGCAGCUAAACAUAUUAUUGAAAAUUUACCAUCAAUAAAUAAUUUUAAAUCGGAUGAAAAAUGUUCAAUUUGUUUAAAAGAAUUUGAAUUAAAUUCAACGACAGAAUUGCCAUGUCAUCAUAAAUUUUGUAAAAAUUGUAUUAUUCAAUGGCUUAAUUUAGUUAAUUCAUGUCCAAUGUGUAGAAUUGAAUUACCAACUGAUGAUAAAGAUUAUGAACAAUAUAAAAAACAAAAAGAACGUACAAAAACAAGACAACUUGAAUUAGAUGAUUUACAUAAUUCAAUGUUUUCUUAG